AUGAUUCACAAGUUCUGGAAUGUCAGGUUGGCAUCUCCGCAGGAUGUACAAGAAGCUCCCCAGGAAUCGGAUGCUACGACGGAUGAGGAAGAUCGAAACACUGUGCGACUCGAGGAAGAGAGAAUGGAAGAGAAGGUCUACAAGAUCUGGAGUGUAUUAUCGACAUUCGAAGAAUCCUCUGCAGCCUGUAUAUCCGACAUGCUUCUACAUGUGAGCAAUGGUGCAUAUAUGGAUGGUGUAAUGGUGGCAAAGAAGUUCAUAUGGCAUGUUGAUAUACUUUUCUGUUCUGCAGAUAAGUUGGAUAGCAUAAUGAUGAGGGACGGUUCAAAGGGACUUUCAUAUUCGCGCGAAGCAAAGUUAUUAUGCAAGAAAAUUGUGGCAUUUUUCUCACUUCUGUCCAAGACUCAGGAGACAGGAGUUCGGAAACUUGGCGUUACACAAGAACUUCUUGCAUUGGUAACUGGUUUGGCUCACUAUCUGAAAUUAUUAAUUCGAAUUUGCCUUCAAGGCGCAUUGAAGGUCGAACGAGAUCAAAAGGAUCCUGAAGGCCUUCACCAAUUCCUUGAUGACCUAGGUGAUAUGGAUGCAAUCAAGAAUGAUGAAAGAUCCUUAGAAGCCACUACAGGAACUCCUGGCCUUUCUGCGCCGAAUUCGGAUUCGUGUAUCAAAUGUCAUAAACCAAUUGAGGAUGAAUGUGCUCGGUUCGAAGAAAGGAGAUGUCAUCUGACAUGCUUACAAUGCUCCAAUUGUGAGCGAGACCUUUCUCAGAACCUCGACGACAUCAGGUUUAAUGAUGUAGAACAACGAGUUUACUGUAAUGAUUGUCAAAGUCCCGCUCUGAAUGUGGUAUCAGGAUUUGUGCGAGUGACGAGGUUACAACAGUAUGUCUUCCUCUUGAGAGUUGCUUUAGCUCGACUCCUCGAAAUACUACGAUCCAAGGGUACUCUUCCACAUACUUCGGAUGACCCAAACCUGAAUGGUUAUAAUUCGAGUGAAGGUCACAAGGUACCUUCCGAUGACGACCCUCCUAUGUUGAGGUCUGAAGCACGUUCCAAAUCAUUCGGAGGUCCAGUUGAUGAGAACCCACGUGAAUCAUCCUACGAGAAUACUUUGAAUGACGUAAGGCGACUACGAAGUACUCGUAUGGACAAGCAUCUGUCUUCAACCAUCAAAAAAGCGAGAACAUCGCGGAUAAUGGAUGGUGUUGACGGUAAGAGACCAGGUUCUGCAGGUGCCGAUGGAUCUGAUUCGAGGAACAACGAAUUUCAAGUAGUGGAAGAUCGCGAUGGGAAUGGCGAGUCAAGAACCGAAUUAAUGUUUGGACAUCAAGACGCUCUCACCCUGGAUGAUAUUCCUAGAAUCGUGGCUGCUGAACAAGCAAAGGAACAAAGACCGAACGCAUAUAAACAUGCUCGUCAUGAACUUUUCCGAACAUCUAUUACCGAACCUAAACUCAUCAACGGUCAUCAAAGAACUUUCUCUGCCGGGAAUGACUUGGAUGCACAAACACAACGUCAACAACAGAGAGUUGCUGGGAAGAAAUACUUCUCGGAAUUAUCUGCUUUGGAAUACUUCAUCGUACGUCACGUUGCGGUGAUCGCGAUGCAACCCAUGCUGGAUGGUCACUUUACCAUGGAAGAACUUCUUAACUUGAUCGAGACUAGAAAACCUACGUUCUGGGGUAAGAUGGGCAAAGCUUUCAAGAAUGAUGGCAAAAAGACAAACGUUAAGAAGAAAGGAGUCUUUGGAAUACCGCUUGAGGUUAUUGUCGAAAAAGAUGGCGCGGAAUCGACAGAUGGUGUUGGUCCUGGAGCUCUCAAGAUUCCUGCUCUUGUCGAUGAUGCAAUUGCUGCCAUGAGAAAGAUGGAUCUUUCAGUUGAAGGUGUUUUCAGAAAGAAUGGCAACAUUAGAAAACUAAAUGAAACAGUCAAGGAGAUUGAUAGUGGGGGAUGUGAUGCGGUGGAUUUAAGUCGACAAAAUGUCGUACAAGUCGCUGCUCUACUCAAGAAAUACCUUCGAGAUCUACCGGAUCCUUUACUGACCUUCAAACUUCACAAUCUAUUCAUCGCUUCGCAAAAGAUAGCCGAUGAAGAUAAGAGGCGUCGGGUGUUGCAUCUAACAUGUUGUUUACUUCCAAAGGUACACAGAGACUGUUUGGAAAUUCUCUGCUCCUUCUUUAAUUGGGUUGCAUCAUUCCAUCAAGUCGAUGAAGAAUCUGGAUCGAAGAUGGAUACUCACAAUCUUGCCACGGUUAUCGCACCGAAUAUCAUAUAUACGAAUGCUAAGUCACCUGUUGAUGAUAACUUCCUUGCAAUUGAGGUCGUUCACACACUUAUUGAGUGUAAUGAACAAAUGUGUGAAGUGCCAGAAGAUCUCCAAUCAAUACUCAACGACCCAAUCCUCUUUAAUAAUACAUCCGACAUAACCACCAAAGAAAUCCUUAAACGUUAUGGUGACAUCAGCGCUAGUGGUGGCGUCCGUCAUCAAGUUGAAACUACCGAAGGUUCAGGUCACAGAGAUGGUAGUGGUCGACCUCUAGCACCAGUUGUUACCAGAGUCGAUGUUGAUCCUGCACAUCCUGCUUGGCAGAAAGAAAGUAGCGUCAGGCAUGUACAAGAUCCUCCAAUACUCCAAGCGGGAUAUAAUCAAAAUACGCCACCAAACCAACAAUGGCAAGGGGUUGAAGGUGCGGAAAUACAACAUCCAGCGGCUGUUUAUAGAGAACAACAGAAUAGAACCCCGGAUAAUGCACAUGGACAUGGACAUGGGGAGAGAGGCGCAGGUGGUGAUAGGGAUAGGAGGGAAUAUAGAAAUAGUGGGUGGGGACCUGGGAGACCACCGCAGAAUGGAGGGGUAGGUGUUACAGGUGCUGGAUAA